AUGCUGCAUGAGAUAUAAGUGAAGAAUCAAAAUCAAUACAAUAAUAAUAUCUACAUGUUUCUCCCUCAAGUUUAAAAGAAACUGGAGGUAUGAUGUAGUUUGACACUUUAUCCUAGAGUUAUAUCUGUUUUCUAAGUCCAAGAGCAUCCAUAUGA